CGCACGCCAGCACGCCCAGCGCACGUCAGUGCGCCCAACAGCAUGCCAGUCGGCCUCGGCAAGUGCCCGACAGCAUGCCCGAGUGCCAUGUGCCGUCAGGGUUGCUCGGCAGCACCCGAUGGGCACCCGUCAUGCCAGUCAUGCACUCAGCGUCCAUGCCAGUCGCCUGUUGCGGCGCUCGGUAGCGCCCAACAACGCAAGUCGCGCAAGUGCCGGCGCCUAUAGCGCCCGGCAGCGUCAGUCAUCAUGUCAUGCGCCUAGUGAUUGUCAGUUGUGCCAGCAAAGUUCAGUGCACGCCGGCUGUGCCCAGUGGCACGCCAGCGUGCGCGAACGACCAUGCCCGUGCCCAAGUCAUGCUCAACAAGGCCCGACAGCCUCAUGCCGCGCCCAGUCCAUGCCAGCGACCGCGCCCAGGCUCCAGCAAGCCCAGCAUGGGACCGAGCCGGAGGUUCUCCAGGCCACCGUAGUCGCCCAGUUUCGCGACUACCAUCCAGAAAAAUUCUCCGGCCAGGGAGACCCUCGAAUUGUUGACGAAUGGGUUCAGGGCCUUGAAAUGAUUUUCGAGGUCAUGGACUGUUCCGACCGGUGUCGUGUUUUAUGCGCACAGAUCCAAUUGACGGAUGACACACGUCUCUGGUGGAACGCCUACUGGGGAAUGCAUCCCGGUGAAAAAGAAGGUAGUACGUGGGACAGGUUCAAGGAGUUAAUUCGCGAGAAAUAUUAUCCUGCGUACUAUCGAGCUGAAAUGGAGCGUCAAUUUCUGGCACUCAAACAAGGUACUCGUACAGUGGACGAGUAUGA